GGCAAAAAAAAAAAAAAAAAGAAAAAAAAAGAAAAAGGAAAUAUACUCUCUCUCUCUCUCUCUCUCUGGCUUUACUAUCGAUCUCUGUCUCUCUGCUAAAUUUGAGGGAGCGGCAUUUUCAUCCGCCGAAUCCCUCUCUCUGUUCGUGUUUUCUCUCUCUACAUUUCACUUUCACUCACUCUCACUCCACCAACAACAACACCACCAACACCCUUCCGCUUAAUUUAGCAUCACUUCCACAUCCGCCAUUCCUUCACUCUCCACUCUUUAUGCCCUAAAUUCCACACCAAAUCCGCUGAGACUCUUGCCAGAUCUGAGUCCGGCCGCACCGGAUCAGAGCUUCCUCAAACCCUAACUCUUCAUUUUUUGUUCCGAUGGAGGAAGCGCUUGAACUCGCACGCGCCAAGGAUACCAAAGAGCGGAUGGCCGGAGUGGAGCGGCUCUAUCAGCUUCUCGAAACCUCCAGAAAGAGUCUCAAUUCGUCGGAGGUGACGGCGCUGGUUGACUGUUGCUUGGAUCUUUUGAAGGACAACAACUUCAGGGUAUCUCAGGGAGCUCUUCAAGCUUUGGCUUCUGCUGCCGUGUUGUCCGGCGAGCAUCUCAAGCUUCAUUUCAAUGCGCUUGUUCCUGCCGUCGUUGAGCGCUUGGGGGAUGCCAAACAGCCUGUAAGAGAUGCCGCGCGGAGGCUUUUGCUCACUCUAAUGGAGGUUUCUUCUCCAACAAUCAUAGUUGAAAGAGCAGGGUCUUAUGCCUGGAGGCACAAAAGCUGGAGAGUGAGAGAAGAGUUUUCAAGGACAGUCACAUCAGCCAUUGGUCUUUUUGCAUCUACCGAGCUAACUCUUCAGCGAGUUAUUCUAACCCCAAUUUUGCAAAUGCUGAAUGAUACGAAUCCUGGUGUCAGGGAAGCAGCUAUAUUGUGCAUUGAGGAAAUGUAUACACAGGCAGGGACUCAAUUCCGAGAUGAACUUCACCGCCACCAUCUCUCUUCAUCUAUGGUCAAAGAUAUAAAUGCCAGGCUAGAGAGAAUUGAACCUAAAAUUCGCUCUUCAGAUGGACUUACGGGUAAUUUUUCUACUGGAGAAAUGAAGCCUGUCAAUCUUAACCCAAAGAGAAGUAGUCCAAAAGCCAAGAGUUCCUCAAGGGAGAUAUCUCUUUUUGGAGGAGAAGAUGUCACUGAGAAACCUGUAGAACCGAUUAAAGUUUACUCAGAGAAGGAACUUAUAAGGGAGAUGGAGAAGAUUGCUUCUACCCUUGUACCAGAAAAAGACUGGUCUGUCCGCAUUUCUGCAAUGCAAAGAGUUGAAGGCCUUGUUUAUGGAGGUGCUGCUGACUAUCCAUGUUUUCGGGGACUACUGAAGCAACUUGUUGGCCCGUUGAGCACACAAUUGUCAGAUCGAAGGUCUAGUAUAGUGAAGCAGGCAUGUCACCUGCUAUGCUUUUUGUCAAAAGAUCUCUUGGGAGAUUUCGAGGCAUGUGCAGAGAUGUUCAUUCCAGUCCUUUUCAAGCUGGUUGUGAUUACUGUACUUGUAAUUGCAGAGUCUGCAGAUAACUGCAUAAAAACGAUGUUGCGUAACUGCAAAGCUGCACGUGUGCUUCCUCGUAUAGCUGAUUGUGCAAAGAAUGACCGCAAUGCAAUUCUUCGUGCUAGGUGUUGUGAAUAUGCACUUUUAAUACUAGAGCAUUGGCCUGAUGCACCUGAAAUACAGCGUUCAGCAGACCUGUAUGAAGAUCUUAUAAGAUGUUGUGUUGCAGAUGCAAUGAGUGAGGUACGUUCAACAGCAAGAAUGUGCUAUAGAAUGUUUUCAAAGACUUGGCCAGAGCGAUCCCGACGAUUGUUUUCGUCUUUUGACCCUGUUAUUCAAAGGUUAAUCAAUGAAGAGGAUGGUGGUAUACAUAGGCGCCAUGCUUCUCCUUCUGUCCGAGAUAGAGGUUCACUUGCAGCAUUUACUCAGCCCUCUGCUCCUUCAAAUUUACCUGGAUAUGGAACUUCUGCUAUUGUAGCAAUGGACAGAAGUUCAAGUUUAUCUUCAGGGACAUCUCUCUCUUCUGGACUACAUCUGUCGCAGACAAAGUCACUUGGUAAAGGUACUGAGCGUAGUUUGGAAAGUGUGUUGCAUUCAAGCAAGCAGAAGGUCACUGCAAUUGAAAGCAUGCUUAGAGGUUUGGAUUUGUCCGACAAACAUAAUUCCUCCACACUACGAUCAUCUAGUUUGGAUCUAGGAGUUGAACCUCCAUCAUCUCGUGAUCCACCAUUCCCUGCUGCUCUCCCAGCUUCUAAUCAACUGACAAACUCCUUAAUGACAGAUUCAACUACCUCUAGUAUCAGUAAAGGUAGUAACCGUAAUGGUGGCUUGGUUUUGUCUGAUAUAAUCACUCAAAUACAAGCUUCCAAAGAUUCUGGUAAACUAUCGUAUAGAAGUAGUGCCUCAGCUGAAGGUUUGCCAGGUUUGUCAUCAUACACAGCUAAGAGGGUUUCUGAGAGGCUCCAAGAGAGGAGUUCCAUUGAAGAUAACAAUGACAAUAGGGAGGCUAGGCGAUACAUGAACUCUCAACUUGAUAGGCAGCAUUUGGACACACCUUACAAAGAUGGGAACUACAGGGAUACGCAGCACAGUUCCAUUCCCAAUUUCCAAAGGCCUCUUCUGAGAAAGAAUGUAGUUGGACGAAUGUCUGCAGGCAGGAGGAGAAGCUUCGAUGACAGCCAGCUGUCACUUGGGGAGAUAGCAAAUUAUGUUGAUGGUCCAGCAUCCCUAGGUGAUGCUCUGAGUGAGGGACUGAGUCCAUCUUCUGACUGGUGUGCACGGGUUGCUGCAUUCAAUUAUCUGCGGUCUUUGCUGCAGCAAGGCCAGAAGGGUAUUCAAGAAGUGAUCCAGAAUUUUGAGAAGGUGAUGAAGUUGUUUUUCCAACACUUGGAUGAUCCCCACCAUAAAGUUGCACAAGCAGCUCUUUCAACACUUGCUGAUAUUAUUCCAUCUUGCCGAAAGCCCUUUGAAAGUUACAUGGAGAGGAUUCUGCCCCAUGUUUUCUCACGAUUAAUUGACCCAAAAGAGUUGGUUAGACAACCUUGCUCAACAACUUUGGAUAUUGUGAGCAAAACUUACAGUAUAGAUUCUCUCUUGCCUGCAUUGCUCCGUUCACUGGAUGAACAGCGGUCACCAAAGGCCAAACUGGCUGUCAUUGAGUUUGCUAUUGGUUCCUUCAACAAGCAUUCAGUGAAUUCUGAAGGUUAUGGUAAUACUGGUAUCUUAAAGUUAUGGCUUGCCAAGUUGACACCAUUGGUCCAUGAUAAAAAUACUAAAUUAAAGGAAGCAGCUAUCACAUGCAUUAUAUCUGUCUACUCCCAUUUUGAUUCUUCAGCUGUCUUGAAUUUUAUUCUUAGUUUAUCAGUUGAAGAACAAAAUUCUCUAAGACGGGCCCUAAAACAGUAUACUCCUCGCAUUGAAGUUGACUUAAUGAACUUUUUACAGAACAAGAAAGAGCGGCAACGUUCAAAGUCCUCUUAUGACCCAUCUGAUGUUGUUGGGACAUCUUCUGAAGAAGGAUAUAUUGGUGUGUCAAAGAAGACUAAUUUCUUUGGAAGGUAUUCUGCUGGUUCUGUUGAUAGUGAUGGUGGCAGGAAGUGGAGUUCUACCCAAGAAUCAGCCCUAAUCUCAGGCAGCCUUGGUCAAACAGCUUCUGAUGAAACUCAAGAGAACUUGCAUCAGCAUUUUGAGACAGGCCCUGGCACUGAUCUUCUUAACUUGAAAACCAAGGAUCUAACUUACAAUGCCAAUUCUAUGGGUCAGAACCGGACUAGUGUGCUGGAAAAUAUUGACAGUAGUUUAAAUUUUGAGGGUUCAUCCACUCCUCUAGAUGUUAACGGUCUGACGAGCUUGGAUCGUACAGGGAUUGCUGAAAGCAUUGGGCAUGAUAAUGAAACCCCAAAUGAAAUGGACAAUCAUAAACUUAUAGCUGUGAAGGUUAAUUCUAUGCCAGAAUCAGGUCCAAGCAUCCCUCAAAUUCUUCAUGUGAUUUGCAAUGGAACGGAGGAGAGCCCUACUGCAAGCAAGCGUGGUGCACUUCAGCAAUUAAUCGAAGCUUCUACGGCUAAUGAUCACUCUAUUUGGACCAAGUACUUCAAUCAGAUUUUGACAGUUGUCCUUGAGGUGUUGGAUGAUUCUGAUUCCUCAAUUCGGGAACUCUCUCUAUCGCUAAUUAUUGAAAUGCUUAAAAAUCAGAAAGAUUCCAUGGAAGAUUCUGUUGAGAUUGUAAUUGAGAAGCUGCUUCAUGUUACGAAGGAUUUAGUUCCCAAAGUUUCAAAUGAAGCAGAGCACUGCUUGACAAUUGUCUUGUCUCUGUAUGAUCCGUUCAGAUGUUUAAGUGUGAUUAUCCCUCUAUUAGUGACUGAAGAUGAAAAAACUCUUGUUACUUGCAUAAACUGUUUGACAAAGCUUGUGGGCCGGCUUUCACAGGAAGAAUUGAUGGGUCAAUUGCCCUCAUUUUUGCCUGCUCUUUUUGAAGCUUUUGGAAACCAGAGUGCAGAUGUCCGUAAGACUGUUGUGUUCUGUCUGGUGGAUAUAUAUAUCAUGCUUGGUAAAGCAUUCUUGCCAUACUUGGAGGGGCUCAACAGCACACAGUUGAGGUUGGUGACCAUCUACGCAAAUCGUAUCUCACAGGCCAGGACAGGCACUGCUAUAGACACUAACCAUGAUUAGGUGGUGAAUUUCUGAAGGAAUUCUGGGUUUGAGCUUUUGGUCUUUGUGUAUUUUGUAUAUUGUGUGAAUGCAUUUUGAAGGUGGGUUGUUUUUCAAUAUUCUUCAAAUAUUUUAUUUUAUUUUUUGUAAUUUUUUUAUUUGUGAGCGUCCCUGUUUGUUUGGUUUGGAGGUAGAGUGCUUUCAGUGGGAAAGAAAUAUUGUUUGUUGUAAUCUACAUUUUCCAACAGUAUUUAUAAUAUGGAAGAAGGUCUUUUGGCUU